AUGAUCUACAAUUUCAAUGUAAUGAUGUUACGUCUCUUCCCCAUUCUACUUCUAAUGAUUUUUACGUCAACAGGUCUUGGCCAUCGUUGUUAUGUGUGUAGUAAGUGUCAAGACCCAUUCAGAGUUCAGGAUACUGAAAUACAAAAUGGUUGUUCCUUCUGUUCUACAAUAAGAACAUAUGUUCAAGAUAAACUACAAGUGACUAGUCGUAGUUGUGUUCCGGUUUGCGUUGAAGCUGAUGCUAGGAGAUCCGGGUCAGGAAUUGUUACAUCAUGUUGUCAAGACGAUUUAUGCAAUUCUGGUACACAAACACAAAUAUCCAUGACUUUAAUCCUAUCUUCAUUGUUUUCCAUACUACCAUUGUUAUCACGUUACUUUAAAUAAAAAAUAAACUGAUAUUUCUCUCCCAUUUCACUUGGCACGAAAAGUUUGAUUAUUGGUAUAUAUUGGUUCUAAAUAAUUAUAGAAUUUAUACUUUAUUUAUUAUGACUUAAUUAUGCUUCGUUCACACCAUCAUUUAUUCUUCAAUAAUAAAAUAUUUAUUAUUAGAAGGCUAUUUUUUGCUAUGAUUUAGUAAUGAUAGCUUAACACAUAUUGAUUAUAUUAUUAAACUGUCUCUGGUCGACGAUAAAUCUAAUUUUGAUAAUAUACGUACACUGAGUAA